UUACAAACAAAUUCUCCAAACAAUGGAUCCGUACCACAUGUUUGGGAAGAAAGACAUUCCUACAAGAAAAGAGUGCAAAGAAACUACUGCAUUCCUGCAACAAAGAAGUCCAAAGAAACAAAAGACAGUGCAUCAAAAAAGCAGUCAAAAUCAAAAGGAGACUCAGCCAAAGUUAUUUCACACUCAAAAGACUUCACGGUUUGAAAAAUAUUUUCAAAUGCUGAAUCAGAAGAUUCAUCUCAAUCAGAAUUCUUACUGGAACACCAACUCUAAUUCUCAAAUGUAUACUCCACCAUAUACUAGCCAACAACCAUAUCAGAGGAUAAAAACUGUGGCUGGUAUUAAUACUGUAAGUGUAAAUCUAAUGAGCAAGUUUGGAGAUAUGAAUACAAAUGUUGCAUCAUCUUCAUCAAACCUUAAUCUGCCAACUGCUACAAGUUUGAAUACUUCAAGUAUAGAUACACAUGUCAACUAUGAUUCAUCUGAAGGUUCAAGUGAUGAUAGUUACUCAAGUCUUGAUGAAGAAGAAACACAUACAAAUAACAAAGUUAUGGGUUAUGACAUUCUUACUGAAGGUUAUUAUGAUCAUGGUGAUCCACUCAUUGAAUGUCAGUAUUGUGGAGCAAAAAUGUGGUACCAAGAGAGAAUGAAAAAAAAUACACAUUCUGCAAAUCCUAAGUACCAACUAUGUUGUGGAAAUGGAAAGGUUCAACUUCCACUCUUGAAGUCACCACCUCCAUUGCUUCAGCAUCUGUUAUUUGAUCGUGAUUCAUCAGAUAGCAAGAACUUUCAGCAACAGAUCAGAGUUUAUAAUAUGAUGUUCGCAUUCACUUCACCAGGAGCAAAGUUGGAUAACAAAAUCAAUAAUGGCAGAGGGCCACCAAUAAUCAAAAUACAAGGUCAACCAUGUCAUAGAAUAGGAAGUUUAUUGCCUAUGCCAGGACAAUCACCAAAAUUUGCACAACUAUACAUUUAUGAUACAGAAAAUGAAAUACAAAACAGACUUCAAGGGUUUAGGAACAAUAACAACAUUGAUCCAGAUAUUGUUUACAAGUUGUCCGAAAUGCUUUAUCAGCAUAAUACACAUACAAAGUCUUUUCGGAUGGUCAGAGAAAGAUUGAAUCAAGGUAAUGCGAACAACUUGAAGCUAAGGUUGAUUUCUGAGAGGUUUACGGAUGGUAGAAUUAACAAUCAACCCACUGUGUCUGAGGUAGCUGCUCUUAUUGUUGGUGAUGUUGACACUGCUUCAAAAAGAGAUAUAAUAAUAGAGACUCAACGUGGCAAACUUCAAAGAAUAGAUGAAUUUCAUGCAAGCUACCUGGCUUACCAAUAUCCCUUAAUAUUUCCUUAUGGCGAGGAUGGCUAUCGACGUGGUGUGGCUCAUAGAGAUAGAGAAAGUUCUAAGAGCAAUAAAAGAAAUUGGCUGACUAUAAGAGAAUGGUUAGCUUUUAGAAUUCAAUCCAGAACAGAGGAAGGCCAAACUUUAUUAUGUUCAAGAAAACUAUACCAACAGUUUUUAGUUGAUGGAUUCGCCAUGUUGGAGUCUGAAAGACUCGAAUGGCUGAGGAAAAAUCAAUCAAAACUACGAGUCUCUAAGUAUCGUAGUCUGAAUGAAACUGAUCACCAAAUUCAAACUCAAGGGUCAAACAAAGGAAAAAGAGUAAUAUUACCUGCAACACAUGUGGGAAGUCGUAGAUACAUGGAUCAAUUAUAUUUUGACGGAAUGGCAAUUUGUAGCUAUGUUGGUUUUCCGGACCUUUUCAUUACAUUUACUUGCAAUCCCAACUGGCCAGAAAUACAAAGAGUGCUAGGAUCAAUGAAUUUGAAAGCACAUGAUCGUCCUGAUAUAAUAUCAAGGGUAUUUAAAAUGAAGUUGGAUGAGCUCCUUUCAGAUUUGACCAAGAAAAACAUGCUUGGGAAAGUUCUUGCAUAUAUAUACACCAUUGAGUUUCAAAAGAGGGGAUUGCCACAUGCACACAUACUUAUAUUUCUACAUCCAUCUAAUAAGCUCCCCACUCCUGGUGUUAUUGACAAGAUCAUUUCAGCAGAGAUACCCAAUCAGGAACAUGAGAAAGAGUUGUAUAAUUUGGUUAAAAAUCAUAUGAUCCAUGGUCCAUGUGGUUUAUCUCAUAAAUCAUCACCUUGCAUGAAAGAUGGAAAAUGCACAAAGUACUACCCUAAGAAGUAUCAGAACUCAACAAUUGUUGACAAAGAAGGUUAUCCGGUGUACAGACGAAGAGACAAUGGUAACACAAUUGUCAAGAACGGUGUUUCACUCAAUAACAAACAUAUUGUACCAUAUAACCCUACGUUGCUAAUGAAGUACCAAGCACAUAUCAAUGUGGAAUGGUGUAGCAAAAGUGCAUCGAUUAAGUACUUAUUCAAGCACAUAAAUAAAGGUUAUGGUAGGAUAACAGCCGUUGUUGAUCCAACACAAGACAGAGAUUCAACUCAAAGUGGUAACAUUGAUGAGAUCAAACAAUACUUUGAUUGUAGGUAUGUAUCACCAGGUGAAGCAUGUUGGAGAAUUUUUUCAUUUCCAAUACAUGGUCGGAAGCCAGCAGUUGAAAGGUUGUUCUUUCAUAUUCCAGGCGAACAACCGGUUUACUUUAACGAUUAUGAGCAUAUUGAUGAUGUCCUGUUGAAGCCAAGUGUCACUGAAUCAAUGUUUACAUCUUGGAUGCAAGCAAACAAGAUUUAUCCUCAAGCCAAGAAUUUGACGUAUGCUCAGUUUGUUUCUAAAUUUGCAUAUGAUAAGAGGAAAAGGUCAUGGAAACCGCGUAUGAAAGGUUAUACUAUUGGGAGGCUAAUUUGGGUUCCUCCAAGUACUGGAGAACUUUUUUACUUAAGAAUGAUGCUUACUGCUGUAAAAGGACCUGUCAGCUAUGAAGAUAUUAAAACUGUUGCCCAUAUCCAAUAUAAAACUUUCAGAGAAGCAUGUUUUGCAAUGGGUUUCCUUGAAGAUGAUAGAAAACAUAUAGAGACCAUAAAAGAGGCAAAUGUGUGGGGUUCUGGAAAGUACUUAAGGAAGUUAUUUAGCACGAUGCUCCUAUCGUGUACCAUUAAUAGACCAGACCAUGUGUGGAAUCAAACUUGGAAAUUGUUGUCUGAUGGGAUACUUUAUGAUCAGAGAAAAUUGACAGCUAAUCAAGACUUGCAACUUACUUCUGAAGAGAUACAAAGUUUAUCUUUGCUUGAGAUUGAGAAACAUUUGCAAACAAAUAGAAGAAGUUUGAAGGAAUAUCCAUCAAUGCCAUAUCCAAAAGGAUAUGUUGCAAGUCAAUUAGGGAAUAGACUAAUAUAUGAAGAAUGUGGUUAUGAUCAAUCUAUUCAACAACAACAAUUCCAACAAUUAUUCAGUUCUCUUACAGAUGAGCAAAGAGGAAUAUUUGAAACAAUUAUGCAAGCAGUCAACAACCAAAAGGGAAGAGUAUUUUUCCUACAUGGUCAUGGUGGAACUGGAAAAACUUUCAUGUGGAGAACUUUAGCAUCAGCCAUACGUUCUCAACGUCAUAUUGUGUUGACUGUGGCAUCAAGUGGAAUAGCAUCACUUUUAUUACCAGGAGGAAGAACAGCACAUUCAGAGUUUAAAAUUCCUGUUCCUGCAUUUGAUUGCUCGACAUGCAAUAUAGAAAAAGGAAGUGAAAUCGCGGAGCUACUGAAACUAACAAAACUCAUAAUAUGGGAUGAAGCUCCAAUGACCCAUAAAUUUUGCUUUGAGGCACUAGACAAAACUCUUAAAGACAUAAUGAGUUCAAGCACUUCAAUAUUUGGAGGAAAAAUAGUAGUUUUUGGGGGAGACUUUAGACAAAUUCUACCUGUCAUUCCAAGAGGAAGUCGUUCUGACGUCGUCCAUGCAACAAUUAAUGCAUCAUAUAUUUGGGAUCAUUGUCAUGUGCUAACUCUAACAAAAAAUAUGCGUUUGCAAUCUUGCGCACAAAGUUCUGAUGCAGCGGAACUCAACCAGUUCUCACAAUGGAUAUUAAACAUUGGCGAUGGCAAGAUUUCUGAGCCAAAUGAUGGUAAUGCUGAGAUAGAGAUUCCAAGUGAAUUAUUGAUUACCAAUUUUGACGAUCCUAUUCAUGCAAUUGUGAGAAGUACAUAUCCAAAUUUAAUGGAAAAUUAUAAGAAUGAAGAUUUUUGGCAAUCUAGGGCAAUUUUAGCAUCAACAAUUGAAGUUAUCGAUCAAAUAAAUGAAUAUGUCCUAGGAUUGAUUCCAGGUGAGGAAAUGGUGUAUUUGAGUUCAGAUUCUAUAGAUCAGUUAGAAGCCAAUGCCAAUGAAGCAUUUGAAGAAUUUACCCCAGAGUUUUUGAGCUCACUAACAGCAUCGGGUCUUCCUAAUCACAAAAUCAAACUCAAGGUUGGUACUCCAAUAAUGCUCUUGAGAAAUUUAGACCAAUUAGAAGGAUUGUGUAAUGGAACCAGAUUAAUUGUUACGAGGCUAGCAAAUCAUGUGCUAGAAGCAAAGGUCGUCUAUGGGAAGAAUAUUGGAAGCAUUAUCUACAUUCCACAAAUUUCUAUCUCUCUGUCUCAAUCACCAUGGCCGUUCAAGCUUAUUAGGAGACAAUAUCCUAUAAUUGUCUCAUAUGCUAUGACAAUUAAUAAAUCACAAGGCCAAUCUCUCGACUAUGUUGGGCUAUACUUGCCUAGACCAGUGUUUAGCCAUGGCCAGCUAUACGUGGCAGUUUCCAGAGUUAAGAGCAAGCAGGGUCUCAAGAUCUUAAUACAUGAUGAUGAAAGACAGCCACUAAACACUACCACUAAUGUUGUCUUCAAAGAGGUCUUUCAAAAUCUUUAAUUACUUCAAGGUGUGGAAGGAGGUGCAGAGGAGACGAAGAGACACAACAGAAGGAUAUCAAGCACGGAAGCAAGGGCGUAUGGUCGUUGCAAGAGGGUUGUUAUAUCAUGGGAGAACAACAGAAGUACAUUAAGCAAUGAGCAAAACAUGAGGUGGCACCUUAAUCCAUUGCUCCUAGAAACACUACAGGAAUUUUGUGUGCUUCGAAGCCAGAAGCAAAUUAGAAUCAUCUACGAAGCUGUUGCAACAUUUUUCGUGCGCCAAAUCAAAACCGGGGCAAUUUAGUGUCAGCCAAGCCUAUGCUAUGUAGAGUUGAUGUAACCUAUGUUUCUUUAAAUUAUGAAUCUGAAUAUAUAUUUUAGUAUCCACUUGAAGUGUUGAUGUAACUAUGUUUCUUUAAAUUCUGAAUCUG